AUGGAUGCAGGGGCGACCACCACCAAGCUGCUUACACUUCUCAAUGUAUCGGCAACCAAAUCCAGCAAGCGGAAAUGGGCUGCAGUCGAUGAUUUUCCGUCUAAAAAGCUCAACUCCCGGAAAGUAGCCCGCUUCGAGACUGAAGAAUCGACUCCGAUUACCAAAAUUGUGGUGGAGACGAAGGAAAUCGUCGAAGUGCCUGAGGAUUAUGCAGACGACGACACAGGAGAUGACCCUUAUGAGUCGCAUUUUGGACGAGCGCCAGCACUGCUCUCCGAAGAGUCAAGAACGGCAUUAGAACAAAAAUUGUGGUCUUCGACCCGAAAAACGCUAUCAACGUUAGGGCAAGCCAUCGAACUUGUGCCUGAGGGGCAGAAGGCCGGUCAGUCAUCAGGCAAAAACCUCCUUGAACGCUUAGAAAAACCAUUUCUGGCCCGACAAUCCAAGCAAACUCGCGAAGAAAUCGGCAUACAAAAUGACCUGCUGUCCACACUUUCUUCACAUCGCGACCUCUACAUUCCGUCGAGUUCUUGGGACCACAAAAAGUGUACGCGGGAAGCAAUAUCCCUGCACGCGAUCAACCAUAUAACCAAGAAACGGCGGAGAGUUCUUAAAAACAAUGAACGACUGGCUCAUGCUUCAAAGGCUGAUCCCAAUGGCUCACCGCCUGACGAUAUUCAGGACCAGGGAUUUACUCGACCUUCCGUGCUCGUCUUACUCCCAUUUCGCAACUCCGCGCUGGAAUGGUUCCACGCAUUGACAUCCCACACGCCCUCCCCUGCCUUCCAAGUCGAAAACCAAUCGCGAUUUCUGAACGAAUAUGGUCUAUCACCGGGAAUGGUUGAUAAACUGGCUAUGGCAGAACCUGGAACAUAUCCUCGAGACCAAAUCGAGACCUUCAAAGGGAAUGUUGAUGAUAACUUCCGCGUGGGUGUCAAAUUAACACGCAAGAGCGUGAAAAUGUUUGCAGACUUCUAUGGCUGUGAUGCCAUUUUGGCCAGCCCUCUGGGACUGCGGCGGUCAAUUGAGAAAGAAAAGAGUGCUGACUAUCUCUCUUCUAUCGAAAUCCUCAUCGUCGACCAGAUGGAGGCUUUGCUUAUGCAAAAUUGGGAACACGUCAAGUUCGUGCUUUCACACCUAAACAAGCUGCCUAAGGAUUCGCACGACGCGGAUUUCUCUCGUAUAAAGCCAUGGUACCUGGAUGGACAGGCCGAAUAUCUGCGUCAAUCGAUACUGCUUUCAAGCCUUGAAACACCAGAGACACGACAACUCUUCAAUGCCAAUCUCAAUAACGUCGCCGGCAAGCUCAGAAUUGAACGCCGAUGGUCUCCAGUGCAAGUACCUGACGGCAUUGAGCAGAACCUCACACCAUUUGACUGCCCCAAUCCAAAGGACGAGGCAGACAGGCGGUUCCAAUACUUCACCGGUCAAAUUCUGCCUGCGGUGCUUAAAUCUGCGGUCCAAAGCUCAAACACCGUCAUCUUCAUCCCGUCAUCCUUCGAUUUCAUUCGAGUGCAAAAUCACUUCAAGAAGGAAUCUGGUGCUACAUUUGCGAUUCUCUCGGAGUACUCGUCACCGCAAGAUAUUUCUCGGGCCAGACAAGCUUUUUUCAGCGGGAAAAAAUCUUUUCUGCUUGUGAGCGAGCGUUUCCACUUUUACAAGAGGUACAAAAUACGCGGAGUCCGAAACCUGAUAUUUUAUGGACCCCCGAGCAACCCACAGUUCUACACAGAGGUGCUUUCUUGGCCUUUCGUGGAUGAAGGUGUCGAUGCCUCAGACGUCACUUGUCGACUGUUGUACUGUAAGUACGACUGGUUCCAGCUGGAGCGAAUUGCUGGAACAGAAUCUGCCUCCGAGUUGAUCAGGCAAUGA